CAAUAGCACCAAGAAACCCUUUGUACCUGUCAUGUAACUUAUUAUAAUGAACAAAGUUAGUAAUUGGAAACCGAGUACCAGAUGAAGAUGAACUAGAUGAUGAGGAAGACAGAGUGACUGUCUUUGCGGAAUGAAGAACAUAAUCGUUGAGAUGAGACGGAAGGCGGCGGUUACGAGGAGGCAACGACUGGAUAGUGGGUGGCGGAGAAGUGGCUUGUACCGAAGGGGCGCUACUGCGGUUGUUGUCUGGGGAGACGGAGGACGAGGGAGAUGGAGGUGGUGAUGGGGUAGGACUCGAGACUGGGGAAGAACUAGAUACGACUGUUUGUUGUGGGGAUGAUGGUACUGUGGACUCGGAUGACGGAAGCACUGGAAAGUCUUCUGAAGAAGGAUUUAAAAUGGGUUGAGGAGAUGCUGCUAGAAGUCAUACCAUUAGUUUGGUUGCAUGCAAAAGAAUCAAUUAGAGACAUUAAUAAGACCACCUUAUCAUCAUUCAUCCUGGCUGCCAUAAAUAUCCACAAAACACAGUGGAGAACAGAGAGGAAAAGCAACACAGUGGAAGAGCUUCACAAAUUGAUGAACAGAUUGGGCAAAACACAAUUGCAAAAUUGAUGAACACAGUGGAAGAGGAUAGGCGCACUAUAGGCUGAAAUAAAUGAACGAAUUUGGCAAAACAAACUUCACAACUGUUGGACGAGCUUCACCAGACGAGCUCCAGAGAUCGGACAAUCAGAUCGCCGGAAGAUGAAGCGUGCGACUUAUCGGACGAGCGCGAGAGUGACGGACCUCUGAUGAUGAAUUGAAUCUUGCGAUCGGCUUUGACUGGCGAACUUCAGAAAUAGCUGAAUUGAAUCUAAGAAAUUUGUUCUUCACCACAGCAAUAGGGCCGACGAAAUUUGUUCAGCAGAGACGGCCGAAGAUUUUUGGCGACCUCAACAGAGCCGAUCGAAACAGAGACAAGGAUUGCCGAUCGGAACACGGACGGACAAAACUAGGUUAGAAAAUCCCAAGAAAGAAGCUCUGAUACC